CAAAACAAUAGAAACGUUGAUUAUUUGAUUUUUUUUUUCAUUUUUUGUAGCUAUGUUAAGGUUUAAAGCUAUUGAAUGGGUUGAAAGUGUAGUUAGGCCAUUGGAGAUACCAAAACAGCUAUCAAACUUUUUGAUAGGUCAAAGCUUCAUGUUUCCAACAACUAAUGGUUGUUCUAUCCUAAAGACUUCUGGAUGGUCACUUGAAGAACAGAGAAAAGAUGAAGAACUCAACAAAAAAGUUGCUAUGGUGAGUGAUAAAUAUUAUAAGCAAACCUGGAGUAGCAUUGCACUGCUGGAUGAAGUGGUCUGUUCUCCUCCAUCAGAGUUUAAAGAAAAAGCAGAAGAGUUUAUCACACAUCUGCUGAAACAAGAUCAAAAGACCUGUGAUAUGCUUGCUGAUCUGCUAAUUAAAACAAACAAUGAAAUUGCAUGGAAGAAAGCGAGAGAACGAGAUAUCUUAUUAAGUGUUAAUUGUAAUGUAUAA